GAUCAACGGUUAGAGCAGGGGCAAUUAAUAGGGAGAAAAAGAAAAAAAGUACAGUACGAUAGUUCGGCUGUUCUUCCUCGACUUUGUCUCUGCGUCCUCCCUUCCAUUUUCAGAACAGAGGAAAACACCAAAUACAAAAACACGGAAAGCACACGCGACUCACUCCGCGAGGCAGGAAACCCUAGGAGGAGAGCUUCUUCGGCGGAGAAACCUUAGGGUUUCGGCAUGUUUUGGCGAAGGGGAGCUCUCUGCUCCGCGUUCGUGGUUGUUUUGGUGUGGUGCUCGUCGGUGACGGACGCCGGCGACAUAGUUCACCAGGACGACGACGCUCCGAGGAGGCCUGGUUGUGAGAACAACUUUGUUUUGGUAAAAGUGGCAACCUGGGUUAAUGGUGAAGAAGACAAUGAAUUUGUUGGUGUUGGUGCUCGAUUUGGCCCUACCUUGGAAUCAAAGGAGAAACAUGCUAAUCAAACCAAACUUGUUCUAGCUGACCCGCCUGAUUGCUGUAAUAUGCCUAAGAAUAAGCUUACUGGCGAGGCCAUCCUGGCCUACCGAGGUAAUUGCAGUUUCACAACCAAGGCAAAUGUUGCUGAAAGUGCUGGUGCUACAGCUAUUCUCAUUAUAAACAACCAAACAGAACUUCUCAAGAUGGUUUGCGAAGCAAAUGAAACUGAUGUCAAUAUAGGCAUACCUUCCGUCAUGCUCCCACAAGAUGUGGGUGCAAGCUUGGAAGAAAGCCUAGCGAAAAAGUCCUCGGUUUUUGUGCAGCUAUACUCUCCACAGCGUCCACCCGUGGACAUUGCUGAAGUGUUCUUGUGGCUCAUGGCUGUCGGUACCAUCUUAUGUGCAUCUUACUGGUCUGCAUGGAGUGCAAGAGAAGCAGCGAUUGAGCAGGAAAAGCUACUAAAGGAUGGCUCAGAUGAAGUUUUAAGCCUGCAGGGCACUGGUUCUACCAGUGUGGUAGAUAUCAACACAACAUCAGCUGUUCUCUUUGUUGUUGUUGCUUCAUGUUUCUUGGUUAUGCUUUACAAACUUAUGUCAUCUUGGUUUGUUGACAUUCUGGUGGUUCUUUUUUGCAUUGGCGGGAUAGAGGGCCUUCAGACUUGCUUGGUGGCUUUGCUAUCAAGUUUCAGAUGGUUUGAACAUGCUGGAGCAUCAUAUAUUAAAGUACCAAUCUUUGGAGCAGUCUCAUAUUUGACAUUGGCCGUAUCUCCAUUCUGCAUAGGAUUUGCUGUUGUUUGGGCAAUUUUUCGCCGAAUCUCAUUUGCUUGGAUAGGUCAAGAUAUCCUUGGUAUUGCUUUGAUAAUCACAGUUCUUCAGAUUGUUCGCAUACCCAAUCUCAAGGUUGGAACAGUUCUUCUUAGUUGUGCAUUCUUGUACGACAUAUUUUGGGUGUUCGUUUCAAAGUGGUGGUUCCAUGAGAGUGUGAUGAUUGUGGUAGCUCGUGGUGACAAGAGUGGAGAGGAUGGUAUACCAAUGCUACUGAAAAUACCACGGAUGUAUGAUCCUUGGGGUGGCUACAGCAUUAUUGGAUUUGGUGACAUCCUUUUACCAGGACUAGUGGUUGCAUUCUCUCUAAGGUAUGAUUGGUUGGCAAAGAAGAAUAUUCGAGAAGGGUACUUCCUUUGGGCAAUGAUUGCUUACGGUUUAGGUCUUCUCAUCACAUAUGUCGCCUUGAACUUAAUGGAUGGACAUGGACAACCAGCUUUGCUGUAUAUUGUUCCUUUCACACUUGGUACAUUUCUGACACUGGGAAGGAAGAGAGGAGAUCUAAACCAGCUGUGGACGAGAGGAGAACCAGACAGCUCCUGCCCUCACAUCCAACUCCAAUCCCCUCAAUAGGCAAACUUGCAGACUUACCCAGAUCAAAGUUUUUGUAAAAUGGUACCUAACGACAUUUUGCAAGGUGUAGGGAAGAAAAGGCGGGCCAUCUGUAUGUGCUGUAAAACACUGUAAUAUAAUUAGUUUUAAUGAUUUCAAUACCAUCCUUUAAUAAGUUUUAUCCCUUUAAUCACUUCAGAACGCUAUUUCUAGAAGGCAUAAUUUGUAUGAACUCUAUUCUUUUUUUUUUUAUAUAAUAUCACCAUUACAAGUUAAGGAA